GCUGACUGGUGAAUCAGCCUCAAGAUCUUUCUUCUUCUCCCUGCCACCCUCUCCACCAAAACCAGUCUCUGAAUCUCUCUCCAAAACCACUCAAAAUUUUUGUUUCCAAAGUCUCAAUCUUGUAUUUCUCCCAAACCCAGAUGUCAUAUUCUUUCUCACAUCACCCACUUUGGAUUGAUUGCACCAUUGAAAAUAAACAAAGUUGCAUACUUUGAUUUUAUUUCUUCACAAUUCAAACCUUCUUUUCACGCUGUUCAAUUUUUUGAACUCACACACACAAAAGACUCUUCUUUUGUAGCAGUCUUGGGUUGGCUUUGAAUAAACAAGCUAAAUUGACUUCUUCUAUUUUGCUUCUAACUUUUUGAACUUUGACACCCCAUUAAAGCUCUCUAUUGUUCUGUUCUUCUAAUCCAAAAAAACACUCUUUUAUUUUUUGUUUUUAUGAAGCUUACCAUUUUAGAAUUCUGGGUGUGAGUGAUUUUUUGUUAUAUUUUUGUUCUAGAUUCAUCAAAAGGUUUAAUUGAAUGACAUGGUUGUUGAGCUUUCCUCAGAAAAUUGUGUGGUUUCCAUGAUGAGUCCAAGGAUUUCAUUCUCACAUGACUUCUCUCAAUCAGAUGUUAUACCAGUUGAGAAACACCCUUUGAGAUCAAACUCAUCAGGCUUGAAUUCAAGCAUUGAUUUUGAUUUCUGUGUUCAUGAAAGCUUAGAACUUGAGUCUUCUUCAGCAGAUGAACUUUUCUCAGAUGGUGUCAUCCUUCCCACUGAAAUCAAGAAGAAGAAGAACAAUAUUGCUCCUUUGAAGCCAAAAACUCAACCUUCAUUACCAAUACCACCCUCAUCUACUAUUUGUGACAAUGCUUCUUCCACCACCAGCAAAAGCACCAAGAAAGAGAGCCUCAAAGAUAACAAGGACUUGAAUGAUGAAGUUGAUGAGAAGCAAAGUUCGAAGUCAUUUUGGCGCUUUAAGAGAAGUAGUAGUUGUGGAAGUGGAUAUGGAAGGAGCUUGUGCCCUUUGCCUCUUCUAUCUAGGAGCAAUUCAACUGGUUCUACUACACCAAGUGUUAAGAGGGUGCCACUUUCAAAGGAAGGUCCUAAUGUCAAGCAAAAUUCACAGAAACGCUCUUCCAUCACAAGGUCUUCUCAAUCCUUUGGUUCAAACAAUCAUCAAAAGCCUCCACUCAAGAGGAGUCAUGGGUCUUAUGCUAAUAGUAUUCGAGUUAGUCCAGUGCUCAAUGUUCCUUCUGCAAACCUUUUUGGUUUGGGUUCAAUCUUCUCCAACAAUAGAGAUAAGAGCAAGAAGAAGUAAUUUACAAAGUUAAACGCGGGUGGUGUAUUUUCAGUUUUACUAUUUUGAAAUUGAGUGGGGUCUUAUCUUUUUGUGUACUUCCCUAAAGCAUGUGAUUAGGAAAAUUUGGUGUAGGCUAUAGGUUGAAGUUUUGAAAGUUAAAUUUACUGGUUUGCUUCAAGAAGAAAAAGUGAUAAAAAAAAAAUUAAAAAAGUUAUUUGUGUGAAUGGGAUGGACAAGCAAUGAUAUAAUUCAGGCACAUGAUUUGGGGGCACAAAAUGUCAAGAAAAUGUUGCUUUCAUGGC